AUGGUGUCGCUUCUCCCACCGCAGUCUGACGUGACACUGCCAAGCCCCACCCGACUGGAGGGCGAGCCCCAAGGGGACCUCAUGCAGGCGCCCGGCCUCCCAGGCUCCCCUGCACCACAGAGCAAGCAUGCCGGCUUCAGCUGCUCCUCGUUCGUGCCUGACGGUCCUCCAGAGAGGGCACCCUCGCUGCCCCCCCACAGCCCCAGCGUCGCGUCUCCAGGACCCGAACAAGUCCAGGGCCACUGCCCAGCAGGGCCUGGCCCGGGCCCCUUCCGGCUCUCACCCUCAGACAAGUACCCAGGUUUUGGUUUUGAGGGGGGCCCAGCAAGCAGCCCCGGGCGUUUCCUCAAGGGUGGCCACGUGCCUUUCCAUCCCUACAAGCGGCACUUCCAUGAAGACGUCUUCCCCGAGGCCCAGACAGCCCUGGCCCUCGAGGGGCACCCCUUUAAGACUCUGGGAGCACUGGAGGCCUUCGAGGAAAUCCCCGUGGAAGUGGGGGAGACUGAGGCCUUCCUGCCCAGCUUCUCAGCAGAGGCCUGGUGCAACGGGCUCCCCUACCCCAGCCAGGAGCACAGCCCCCAGAUCCUGGGCUCAGAGGUCAAGGUCAAGCCCCCCACUCUGGACAGCGGUCCUGGGAUGUACUGUUACCAGCCCCCCCUGCAGCACAUGUACUGUCCGUCCCAGCCUCCCUUCCACCAGUACUCACCAGGUGGCAGCAGCUACCCUGUGCCCUACCUGGGUUCCUCUCACUAUCCGUACCAGCGUAUCGCCCCGCAGGCCAGCACCGAUGGGCACCAGCCUCUCUUCCCAAAGCCUAUAUACUCCUACAGCAUCCUCAUCUUCAUGGCCCUUAAGAACAGUAAAACUGGGAGCCUUCCUGUCAGCGAGAUCUACAACUUUAUGACGGAGCACUUUCCUUACUUCAAGACGGCGCCUGACGGCUGGAAGAACUCCGUUCGCCACAACCUGUCUCUCAACAAGUGCUUUGAGAAGGUGGAGAACAAGUCGGGAAGUUCCUCCCGGAAGGGCUGCCUGUGGGCCCUCAACCCGGCCAAGAUCGACAAGAUGCAGGAGGAGCUGCAGAAAUGGAAGAGGAAGGACCCCAUCGCCGUGCGCAAAAGCAUGGCCAAGCCAGAAGAACUGGACAGCCUCAUUGGAGACAAGAGGGAGAAGCUGGGUUCCCCGCUGCUGAGCUGCCCACCCCCAGGACUGCCAGGCUCAGGCCCCAUCCGGCCCCUGGGCCCUCCAGUUGGGCUCCCCCAGCCGCUGCACUCUCUCCACCCCACUCCGGGCCCUCUCCCUGGCAAGAACCCCCUGCAGGACCUACUCGGGGGCCACGCACCUUCCUGCUAUGGGCAGACAUAUUCGCACCUCUCGCCAGGCCUGGCGCCCCCUGGACCUCCGCAGCCACUGUUCCCACAGCCAGACGGGCACCUGGAGCUGCGGGCCCAGCCCGGCACCCCGCAGGACUCGCCUCUGCCUGCCCACACUCCCCCCAGCCACAGUGCCAAGUUGCUGGCGGAGCCUUCCCCGGCCCGGACCAUGCAUGACGCGCUGCUGCCCGACGGGGACCUGAGCACGGACCUGGACGCCAUCAACCCCUCUCUCACUGACUUUGACUUCCAGGGGAACCUGUGGGAACAGCUGAAGGAUGACAGCUUGGCCCUUGACCCCCUGGUACUGGUGACCUCGUCCCCAACGCCAUCCUCCAUGCCUCCACCCCCGCCCCCGCCACACUGCUUCCCCCCAGGACCCUGCCUGGCAGAGACGGGCAGUGCAGCGGGUGACUUGGCCCCCGCAGGGAGCGGGGCCUCUGGAGCACUGGGCGACCUGCAACUCACCACCCUCUACUCGGCCUUCAUGGAGCUGGAGCCCACGCCCCCCGCGGCCCCAGCGGGCCCCUCCGUGUACCUCAGCCCCAGCUCCAAGCCCAUGGCCCUCGCCUGA